AUGACAGAGCUGCCAGAGUAUGACAUCUUCUUCUGUUGCCCUACCUCAACUCGCAGCUCAUGCAGCGACGCAUCUGACUGGAUUUGCUGGGAACCGUGCCACAAGGGACCAGAGCAAAGCCCCAAGCUGUCCUAUUUCUGGAUCCCCAAGACGGCUGCUGUGUCCCUCAUCGUACCAUUGGUCAACGUCCGACUUCCCAGCCUUUCAGUGGCCUACUGUAAACGGAGAAUGCAUUGCUCGGAACAAAAUGGUGCGUCCAUGUGCAUUAGGCCACGAAUUGGAAGCUAUGCUGAGCGAGACAACCCUGUCAAUAAUCGACAGGAGAGACACAUGGUGUUACCAAAGUACUGGGGUUUUGGGGGCCGAGAACAUCGUGGACGGAGAGCCGGACAGUCUCUAGCAACCUUUGCGACGAAGAACAAGAGGUUUUGGGCUGUGCUUGUCAACGAAGUUGAUGACAACUUGCUAUAUUUCCGAGGUGCUGCGAACCUCGGCUCCCAGGGCAAACGGCACUCGGGAAAGUUCGUCAACAGACCUAUCACCGUAGAUAUUGUGUAUGCUGAGCCCUUCUUGCUUGGACGUCUGGUCAAGAAGUAG